AUGAGUGAACCAGAACCAUGCAAUACGUUGCAUGUUGCAGGUAUUCCGGACUCUAUUUCUAGUGAUAGAGCUAGAGAAUCCCUGUAUUUAUUAUUUUCAACAUAUGGUGAAGUGAUAGAUAUUAAACUAAAUUUUAGAACAUUUAGACACAGAGCAUUCGUUACAAUGGCUACUGUGGAUAGCGCCAACUUGGCUAGGAUAGCAUUAGACAAACAAUCAUUCUUCAACAGUCCCCUCAAUAUACGAUUCAGUAACUCCAUCACCAACGAUAUUUAA